AUGCUCCAUGAAGUUCUUCUGGCCCUCUCCGGCCAUCCCUCACCUCUGUUCGUCGACCUGGGCGAUCAUGAUUUCCCCCUCCUCUCCCCCUCCGAAAGAGCGCUGUUGCAGUCCAUUGGGAAGCUAUCAGAAGUCCACCGCCGUCUGAAACGCCAUCUGGAAGCAAUAUCUGCAAGUCAUCCUUCAAUUGCAUGCCGCGCGGUCGCAACUUCCAUUCAACACACUCAUCUUGCUCGCUUUCAACAAAGGAUCCUCGAUGUUGAAAGUAAGAUCCUGGUCCGAGAUGCCACCAUGGUGGGUGCGUACAACAUUGUCCCCCUGGCUUCCAUUGUGGGCGAGUUCGAAGAUUGGCAUAGAUUGAUGGCCUGGUAUUGGCAAAUGGCCUGUUAUAUGCAGCAGCAGCCCAAGGAAUCCGGUCAUGACAGCUCUGACAAUCGAGGCACUGCUUGCACCACCGCUCUGUUGAUUGAUAGGCUGCGCGGUGAGAUGCAGACCGGAUUCCCCGAGGUCGMGGAUGCUGCAACACAGCUCACUACAGUCGCCGAAACUGCUUGGCUUCGGCAGCUGUCAGGAUGGAUUGUGUACGGCAAUCUACCAACCUAUGGCGCACAAGACUUUUUUGUCCACCCAGAUACAACAUCAUCUGAGAGCAAAAUGUUCAUCCAGAGAAAGGACCUCCUGCCUGCUUUUGUCAAUCGGAGGACGGCGAGCUCAAUGUUGUUCAUUGGCAAAUCGCUCCAUCAAGUGCGGAAUCAUCGCGAUGCUGCUCGUGCGUCAUCCUUGCUGUUGGACACCGUCUCCAAGGACACCGAUGUCGUAUCCGAGCAUCUACAUGUGCUAUCGCAACUCGCCAUGCCCAUCACAGCGUCUCAAUUGUCUAGAACGGUCUCCAUCAUUCGACAAUCCCUCUCCAGGAAUGUCCUCCAGCAUCUCCUACCCAUGGAGAUGACGGUACAGGUGCUCUCCUGUUUGAGAAUGUUCUUCCUACUAAACCGCGGCGAAUUUGCCAAUGCACUUAUCUCCGAGACGGAAAAUCGUCUCAAUACACGUCAGCAAAACAUGGGUCGACUGCUGCAGCAAGAUCCCGUGCGAGCCAUGCAAGGCCUCUCAAUCAAAGAUGCAGAGCUCAGUCAGGCGCUGCUGAGAGUAUGGAAGGCAAUGGCUGUCGAAGCGGAAGAUAUCGACGACGACAUGAUGGACUUUGCCCAGCGACACAUCAGCUUGGCGUCGGCGAGGAUGGAAGUCACACGACCAUCGACUGCGGACGGUGGGAUGGCGUCUUUGCCCGCUUUAUCCCCGGUCGCCUUCAACGACCUCCUCUUCCCGACCCCAACAGAGCUUAGUUUGACCGUCGUACCCCCUCUGGACCUCUUCCUCUCCAAGCAUGACAUCAACACCUACUCAACCAUCAACGCCUACCUCCUCGCCAUCCGAAGAUCCCAUCACAAACUCUCCGAUCUCUGGCGUCGAACCUCAGCUCGACGAACCCCUCCAAACUCUUCCUCCCGACAAUCUCGCCCUCAAUCACAAACCAACACCCCCCACGCAGCAGCAACGGCCCCCGCUCUCCGAAAAGUCUGGGCAACAUGCAGCGCGGCAAUCUUCCUCCUCUCCGAAACCGCCGCUUUCUUCGAAGGCGAAAUCAUCAAAGGUUCCUGCAACCAUUUUCAACACUGGGUCCUGCAAGCCGCUCCUUUUCCUGAUGAUGAUGGCGUCGAUUCACAGCAACAAGAAUCAUCAUCCGAGAAGCAGCAAGAGAAGAAUCCCAUGCAACACGACCCCGAAACUCUCUCCCAGGGACAUCGUUCCUUCCUCGCGAGUCUCACUUAUGCAUUACUCCUGACCGAUAUCCCAUAUACCUCUGAACUGCGAUCUCUUUUAGGAAACGUGGAUGUUCUGAUUGCGUUGUUUAUACGAUUGUUCGAUCUGCAACAAAACGCCAAUUCUGAUACCGCUUCUUUUACUACUACUACUGUAGGAGACGAGGAGGAGAGGCAAGCGAAGUUGGAAUUAGAUCGAGCCCGAAAAAAAGUCGAUGCGGGAUUGAAGGGUGUAGUGGGGCGAUUGAGGGAAUUGGAUCGGGAGAGGAUUGGUAGUUUACGGUAUGCGAAUUCUAGGAUUGGAGGGAUGGGUGGAGGAGGGAUGGAGCAGGAGGAGGGAGGGUUUGAGGGGUGGAAGGGUGGUGGGGGCGUGGAUCGAUUGUUGAUGAAGUUGGAGUUUGGGAGGAUGGUCGUUGUUCGUAGGGAGGAGGGUCAAGAUGGGGAAUCUGAGGGGAGGGGUGGACUGAUUUGA